AUGAAAUUAUAUGUAAUAUUAUAUUGGACACUUUUGGUGUCAGUGCAGGCUUCGCCAGUGAAAAGAGCUUCGGACAAUCAGUUGCCUUUGGGCAAUGAAAUACAAAGUAAAGACAAUAAAGUAAGGGAAGCUCCACGUGAUUGUAAAUCUAAGUGUGCUUCGGGCAUAGCUCAGAAAGCAGCAGCCGAAGCAAAAGCUGCUCAAGCUGCACAAAAUGCUGCUGGUGCUCAAGCAGCUCAUAUGGUGAAAACUCAACUAGCAGAAAAGGCACUUCAAGCGGCUAAAGCAGCAGAAGCAGCACUAGCUGGUAAACAAGCGGUUGUGGAACAGCUUCAACAAGAAGUGAAAGAGGCUGAGGCUGUAGUUGCAGAGAAUACUGCUGCAGUACAUCAGCAGCAAACAGCAGUGAACGCAGCAAUACAAGCUGCACAACAGGCAACAGCGGAGGUAAGUCACAAAUUACUGUCGCAAGCAGUUCAGCUCUCUGCUCAACUUGAGAAAGCGGCUCAUUGUGUUUUAGAGAAGGUGAAGUACGGUCUCCAAGAAAAAUGCCACAACCUCGCUGAGGCGAGAUCUCGUUUGGCUCACCUCCAACACAAGCUGCAAUGUGCAUGCGCCGAAUGUGCCGCAACGAAACAAGCUGCUCAUACAGCUUGCGAAGCAGCUAGAGCAGCUUGUGGAAACGCUCGGAGAAGAAAGCGAACAUUAAAAAUAGCUCAAAGCAACUCACCCCAAAAAAGACAAGCUAAAGUGGGCCGAUGA